AUGACUCUGGUAAUGGCUCAAGAGGGCCCGAAAACGAACGCGACCACCACCCGACCCGGCAAGGCUUUCAAGAACAACAAAAACUCGAUGCUCGAUGUUAUGUUUAGAGCUAUCUCUUCAGCCACCGAAAGUACUACGGUACCAGUGAAAGAGUGCCACAAAAAUACCUCUUGUGGAUGGGUCAUCUACACACCAUUCACACGCCGUAUCGAUUAUUUCAUGAAAAACUCUUGCAUUUACAAUCCGAACUUGGCGUGCUUGCAGACUGAUGAUGAUCUGGUCGCCAACGCGUACGUGUACCGCUGCGUGACCCCAUAUUGUGCAUUUGUAUUUUAGCUUUGUAUUAAGUUUUCAAAAUUGUUGACCCUACAAAUAAAAAUGUAUUGAUAUUCAUAGAAAAAAAGUUGGGCAAGUGGGUGUCGCCCUGCUGUAUAGUAGGUUACAGGUGGGUCACU